ACCUGCUCCCCCCUUACUUGGCGGCUUCUCACUCUCUCUUCCCCUUCCCACUGCCACGUCUCCAUGGCGGUGCUCCGCUGCCUCCGUUGCUCCCCACCGUCCAGCGACGCCGUAUCUGUGGCCGGGUCCCGGCCGGGAAUUUUAGAUUUUCCGACGAGUUCACUUCCUUCUGACGAUAACUCGGCCGGUACCCCUCGCUCCGACGGCGGAAGCUUCGUUCUCUCGUCCCAGUCCAGCAUACCUUCCGUCCGCUCCCUCCAAAGGCCGUCACCCGACUGCCUCGCCGGCUUUGAAAUGUCUUCCGCUUCUUCCACAAGGAUUCCUUGUGGCGCUGUUCACUCUCUCGCCGUAUCUGCGUCCUCACUUCUCGCCGGCACCGCCUCCGCUGCGCUCUUUCGCUUUCAGAAUCCCGGCGACUUGACGGAACCGGAGUUGCUGACGUCCUCCUCCGACGAAGGAGCGGUGAAGUGCAUCGCGGUCGCCGCGGCGACGAUCUUCACCGCACAUCAGGACGGCAAGAUUCGGGUCUGGGAGCUGACGGGCCGCCUCCGGCGAGUCGCCUCCCUUCCGACCGCGUCGGAUCGGGCAUUCCGGUUCCUCCUCCCGCGCAACCACGUCCCGCUGCGGCGCCACCGCAGCAGCCUGUGGAUCGACCACGUCGACGCCGUCUCCGCCCUCGCCGCCCGAAACGGCUUCCUCUACUCCGUGUCCUGGGAUCGAACCCUAAAAAUUUGGCGCCUGUCGGACUUCCGCUGCAUCGAAUCGGUACGAGCACACGACGAUGCGGUGAACGCCCUCGCCGUCUCGGACGACGGCACGGUCUACACAGGCUCGGCCGACACGCGCAUCAGGGUCUGGGCGAGGUCCGACGGACAGAAGAAGCACUCGCUUGUUGCGACCCUUGAGGGGCACCGCUCGGCGGUGAACGCGCUGGCGCUGAGCUCAGACGACUCGAUCCUCUACUCCGGCGCGUGCGACCGGUCCAUCCUGGUGUGGGAGAGGGAGGAGAGCGCGCAGCACAUGUUGGUUGCCGGCGCUCUCCGCGGUCACACGCGGGCCGUGCUCUGCCUGGCGGUCGCCUCGGGGUUCUUAGUCAGCGGCUCGGCCGAUCGGACGGUCAGGGUUUGGCGGAGGGGCAUUGACAAUCAAUACAGCUCCGUCGCGGUGCUCGAAGGGCACGAGCGGCCAGUCAAGUCAUUGGCAGUGUCCGCGCCCAAGCCCGCCUCCGGGUCCGUCCUGAUCUACAGCGGGAGCCUAGACGGCGAGGUCAAAGCCUGGUGGGUCCGAGGUCCAAGUCUCGAGGACACUGACAGCCCCAAAUCAGGCGCUUAAUUGAGAUCAGAAAGGAGCGGUACGGACGUCUCCCGAACCAGAGCGCCGACGAUAAGGAAUUAGUUGAAUGUGUAACUAUUUGUGGUUGAUGACCAACAAAAGAGUACUGUUCUGGAAUCAGCAAAGGCGGCCAUUUCCAUGGAGUUGGUGGUGGUGGUGCCGUGGUGGCAUUGGCGAACCUCCUGGGUCGGGAGUGUGGACCGCGAAGGACUUCACUGCUGCUCCCUGAAAGUUCAGACAACUGAGCUUUCCUUUUCUUGCUUUAAAGUAUGGAACCAAGAUUGUGAUUGGAUCUAAUGCGCUUGUGAUCAGCGUUUCGAAUGGCACUUGACGCCUAUCUGCUUGAAUUGCGUGACAAGGGAGACUCGAAAGCAAUUUAUCCUGGAGAAGGUGUCAUUUUCUCUUCCGACAAAUACUAUUCAGUGCGGAUCAAGAUCGAAUUACAAAAGCAAUGGUUUUGGGAGAUGGCAGUGUCUAUUCCAACAGUUUCUGAUCUUCUUUUGGUGGGGUUUUGUGAGCAUUUUGGGCGGUGUUGAUUGGAGAAAGAUUGAUUUUUACUCUUGUAUAGUCUUUCUUGAACUGUGUUUUUUAUCCUUUCUGAUUUUUGUUGGCUUUUCAGGGUGGCCAGCAGAAUCAUGCGUCUAUUGCUUGUUUUCUCGUGGUGAAUGAUUGUCACCAAGUCAUCGAUCGACCAUGUAGAAUAUGAGAACUCGAAAAGGAAAAUGAAAAGCCAUGGGAACUUCAUGACCUGGGCAAACCUUUG